AUGACUCUUAUACCCCUUGACUACUCCAUUCCAUUCGACAAGCGAACCUCAGACUUCUAUAAGGCAAGAAAAGCCAUUGUUGAAAGAGGAGUAAAACACCUUUUCACAAACCCGGCUGAACCUCUCUCACCCUUAAUGCUUCAAGCCCUGGUCGAUGAAGCACACGAAACGCGGCACAAGAUGGAAAUGAAAUUUCCAGAGGCUGAGAUUAAAGCUGGUGGACAAGAAACACCGCCUAUCGUGAAGACAGAGAGCCCAGCUCAACAGUCAACAGACGGGGCGUUGGAUGGCGAGGAGCUGGUAGUUUGUUCUGACCCCAGAAUAAAGUUGAGUAGGGAGAAGUUGGAAGCCCAUAACAAGGAGGUGGUAGCACAGGCAGUCGAACUGGUAGUCGAACGGGCAAUAGCAUCAGCUAAAGAGCAACCAGAACCAGAAAAGACAACGCCAGGGAAGAUAAUUACAUUAGGAUUCAGACUGAAGCCGGAGACACUGGUGCCAUAUGACGGAGAGAUAAACGAGCAGACAGCUCGCGAUUGGAUUGAUAAAGCAGAGCGGAUCUUUGCCAACCGCGAAUCCAAAUCAUCGACUCCAGGCUCCACCGACGGUUGGGCAGCAUACUUAAUAGGCUAUUUACGGCUGUCAUCGUACGAGUGGGCAUGCCGACGCUGGCCAGGAAAUCGGAAAUCGGCCCGCGGAAGAACAUUGGCAUACUCGGAUACCAUAAACUGGGAAGAGUUUAAAAGAGAGUUUAUCCUUCAACACCAUCCUGACGAGGACCUCAAGCGCCUCAAGAAACAAUUCCAGAAUCUUCUCGUUGAGCGAUCUGUAAGGGAGUUCAAUGAUCAAUUUAGAGAUCUUAUCAAAUUGAUCAAUGCCGCUACGGGUGUGAAGGACCUUACCCAUUCCCAGGCGGAGGGCUUGACCGAGGAGAUGAAAAGAGCGAGGAGAGCGUAUUUGGACCGGCCUCUUAUCGCCGCGUACAAUGGAAAGUUGGACAGGUCAUUGGAGAUCGAAAUUCAACGGAGUAGAACCCAUCGCCCACUUUCGAGGCUUACUGAGAAAUGGGGGCGUAGAUGGCGCGAAUAUUCUGAGUUGGUUCCCCCGUACUUUCCAACCUUGGAAGAAGUGAUGGAAUAUCUGGAGAUCAUUGAUGACGCUAUCAACUAUCCUAAGCCUAGGUCCAAGGCUGUGAAAGAGUCAAAAGCUGCGAAAGCGCCCAAGUCUGGGUAA